UAAAACUGAAAACAACCUUUUCUUUUUACCAAAAAUAACUACUGCUGUGGGCCAGUAAACGUGUUUGUUGUUGUUUUCUUCACUUUCUGCGCAGUAGCCUUCACGCAGUUUUCACUCAUAGCCGCAUGACAUUGUCUUUUGAAACGACUACUUUGUGUAUUACUACAUGUCAUAACAACUGUAACUACUAUAACAACUGUAACUACAACUUUAUGUUAUGUUUAUGCGUGGCAUGGUUUGAAAUAUUCUGUAUUAAUCUAAAUCGCUCUUGUAAAAUUAUUUCUCUUGUUGGUGUUAAUGCGUCUCAUAGUCCAGUCGUUAAGUGUUUUGACCUGGAAAAAAAUGAUAUAGAGCUGAAACUUGGCACACUUACUCCAUUUUAUAUGUAGAUUACCAGAAAAAAAAGCCCCAUCGAUAGCAUUUGUAGAAAAUGAGAUAUGCGCCAUUUUUAAAAAUGGUGGAUUUCCAAAUUUUUCAGAAAACGAAAGCUGGUAAAUUCGAAAACUAAUUAAACUAUUGAAAAGAACUUUCGAUUUGGAACAAAAAAUAUUAUUACAUCGACUUACAAAAAUCAUUAAUUGUGGGGGGGGGGGUAGGUAAUUUUCUGAAGAAAAAAAAAAUUAGAAAGAACCCGACAAUGCAUACAGUUAUUUUCUAAUUUAUCAAUGCUAGAUAUUUAGAUCUAUUUUUAGUUUUUUUUCAGUUAUUUUACUUAUAAAAGGUCAGAAAAGAAGUUUGCUUUAUUUAUAUCCCAGACCAUUCGAAUCACAAGUUUAGAAUUUAUCGAAUUCCAGUUUCGAAUGUUUCGUUUAUUUAGUGAUUAAGAUAGUUGGUAAAAGACUGUGCACGUAGAAAACGGAAGAAUUGAUAGAUAAGAAUAGAAUAUAAAAGAAUAGUUUUUUAAAUAGAAAACUGAAAAGUAUAGAUGGAACAAUGGCUUCAAACAUGGAAUCUUCAUACACGUCAGUCUGGUAGAUAUAAUUAUUCUAUUAUUGCAUGAUAUGAAAGAAUUGAUUGAAAGUGAAAUCAAUCAUGGCGACAAGUAUCCGUCUUUUUUUAUAAGAUUUCUUAAAUUAUCUCAGAAGCGAGGAUGAGGUGUUCUUAAUAUUUUCUUCACUUCGACCUGCGUAAACAUUGAAUUCUCAUUAGAAAAGAUUCAAAAAAAAGAAACUUUGGACAUACGAGCCUCGUGAUUUUCUAAACAUUUUGGUUUUUUGGAGUUUCGUUUUCUUAAACUUUGUUCUUAUAUAAAAAAACGUGUAAGGUAAAUUUAUUUUUAUCAAGCAGGACCGAAGAAGAAUGUUCGUUACACGCUGAAGAAGGAGAAAGAUACUGCGUUGAAAAGUGUGUCAUCUGUUUGAAAGGAUUUAACUCAUCUAUGCCUGAAGUGAAUGUCUUAUCGAAAGGACUCGAAAAUUUGCUUAAACUUAGUAAAAAACGAGAAAUGCCUUCAUUAUACAAAUACCUCCUUGAAAUGCGAAAAAGUAGUGGAAGGGUUUCGGUGCAUCAUGAAUGUCGGAGAAAAUUCACUGAUACCAGGAAAAAAAACUCAAACAAUUUGCCUGCUAAGAAGUUGCGAUCAUCUUAAAAUGCACCUAAGUUCGAUUGGAAACAAAGUUGCUUUCUCUGUGAUGGGUGAUGUUUGGGCAGACAACAGAGAUGUCGAAGAAGCUGCCAUCAAAGCGUUUCAAAUCAUUUAUGGUGGUAACGACUUGACUGAUUUAUGCAAACUUAGAUACCGGAAAUAUCUCGAUAUGUGUUGGAAAGGAAAAAUUGAUCCUGAAAAGAUGCCACCUACGGAAAGUGCUGCUAUUCUACACGGUUUUCGAGUUCAUCUACAGAUAAUGAAUUGGAAGAUAUUAGAGGAAGAAGAGCUUAAGCAAAUUGAUCCAAGCAAAUGGGGCUGGAAAAUUGAAAAUUCUCAAAUGAUGCCAAUAAAGACAGAUAAACAAGUCGCCCCUGAUAGCCUCCUAAAAAUCAUUAAAUGCAACUGCAAGGCUACUUCGAAGUCACCCUGUUCAACAAAUUUGUGUUCAUGCAGAAAACAUGGUCUGAGCUGUAUGCAGUCUUGUGGAGAAUGUCACGGUGAAACAUGUGAAAAUAAAGAGGUCCGCUCUCUAUAAUUCUUCAUUUUUAAAGGCAAAUCUCUUAUAAGGAGUCAGUUCAGCAAAAAAGCCAGCCUUUAUCUUAUUAAUCACUUUUUUUUAGGCAUUCGAUGGUGAUAGUAACGUCGAAGAUGAUUUGGAAGAUGAAGAAGAGAAUAGAAACAUUUUUGAUAUAUUUGAUGCAUUUUGAUUUUACAUAAUUUGUAUACAAAUAUUUACUUUUUUAAGAUGAAAACUAUUAAAGAAAGUCCAUGA